CGCGUUUGUUUACAAAUAUAUUAUACUUGGUCUUUGGUGGUUCAGUGAAGAUUUAGCAUUAGCGGGCAGUAGUGUAUGUGCAUUCGUCUCGAGAUAUUUACCAAGUUCGAAGUUUAUUCUGUUCUAUAUAUGUUGAUCAUUCGCGAUGUCCUCUUAUCGAACGCAUGCAAGAAAUUACCUCCAAGGCAAUAAUACAGAUCGUUACGUAUUCCUCUACGAUGCGCCAAGCUUGAAAGAAAUAGCAUCGCGUGAAAUAGCUCGAACAAUAUGGUACAGCAAUUUAUCAGAAUACCUGGAUACAAAACAAGAAGAAUAUGACGGAAUUACCUCCUCAAAUUACCACAGUCUCUACGAUCCUUACGAAGGUGAUUACAGGAAACAUACUAAAAAACUACUAAAAACUUCGAAAUUUCCUCAUUGCAUCAAAGAUGUGCUUAAAAAUUGCUUAAACAAUGUUUGCUACGAGAUUGGAAAAUGGGCAUCAGAUUUUCACGAGAUAUUAAUUCGAGAUGGAUUUAUUUAUCUUCUGGGCGACUACAGGAUCGAAUUCAGCGAAAUGGAUCCGAAAUGGUGUGUUUGGUCUUGGAAUGGUGAAAUCGAUUAUCGAAAAAGCGCCCAAAAAAUGCUACAAGAUAAUAGUGUGACUGAAUUGAAGAAAUUUAUCGUUAUGUGCGCAUUUGCCAUGGAAAGCGAGAUCAGAAAAUUUUCUUUGGAUUCGCUUCCGGUUGAAUUUAUUUCGAUGGUGAGUUAUUCCAGCGACCCUGUUUGUUUCUAUUGGAUUUGCUAUCUUAAAAAAGAACUGCAUAAGAUUCCAGUUCAGUCUUUGGCUGACUUCGUUCUGCAUCUGAAUCCUGAACAUACUUUCAGAUUCAGCUACGAUUACUUCUGGGGUCUUUUAGUAGAUGACGAUGAUGAGAUAAGAGUUGUCAAAGAUUGGAUUCAUCAAGCUUACCAUUGUUGGUAUGAAGUUCAUUCCAACGAAUGCGUCGUUUUGGAACAUUUAAUUUCUACGAUGUCUUGGCAUCAGCAACAACGUUUAUUGACUGAAAUUUCCGACAAGAUAAUAAUCUAUUUCGGUUUGAAUUCCGAUUCUUCGCGAUGUGCACUUUGGGCUUGGAGAAAUUCUAAAAAUCAAAUGUCUCCGAAACUAUUCGGCGAGAUUUUGGAUAAACUGUUGCGUCAAUGUGAAUGGGUGAGCAACCCUAAAACUACAACUGUGACAUCUGCAGUGGAUGCGAUCUGGGAUACCGCUUCUGAUCUUCAAAGAAAUUAUGUGAUCCAGACCAAGUCAGACCGAUUCAUCGACAGGUUUCUUCAAUUCCCCUGUCUUGAGAAAUUUUCACGCAAAUAUAUUCCACUGCUACCCUUGGAUAAGAGAAUGCAAUUGAUUUUUCAAAAAGUUGAUCAGUGUUUCUUUCAUACCUAUGAUCUGCGUCUAUUGCGCAACUUGAUGGACUUAUGUUUGCCAUGCUCCGAUGACCAAUUAAUGUUUAGAAAGUUUAUCAUCAAUUCUGCCCGUUUCAAAGAAGAUUUACACUGUUUACUCUCUGGUCGAUGUUUUGACGAAUUUAAUGAAAAAUUAAAAUUCUUCUUCUCUAACGAUGCAAGUGCACGCCAGUUGUUUAAAGUGGAGUUCCUGAAAAAAGAAUUUACAGAAUUUAACGACGAUAUUCGUUUUAUAACCGAUUUACAUAUUUGGAAUGAGUUCAGUAAAGAUAUUGAUAAAGCAUUUGAAAACGAUUCUACAGCUGGGUUGAAGCUGCAGCAAUGGUUUAUAUCAACGAUGGCCUCAGCUCUACAUAAAAAUCCGAAUAAUUAUUUCUCUCUUCGUAAUGGUUUCGAUAAUUUGGUGAAAAUUGUCGAAAUGGUUUUUGUAAACGAUGAGUUAAACGAUGUGAAACGUUUGUUUUUUAAUUCUUUUCGAUGGUUAUCGACAGAUCCACAGUAUAACUUUGCGCGUUUUAAUUAUUAUUACGAUAUGUUUAAUCGAACAUUUAUGCAGUGGUGUUCGGUAGGCAGUACAAUUGAGUAUAAUGUGAUGUUGCCGCCUGCAUUCAAAUAAAUUUUUUUUUUGAAAUAUUUUCUGCAAUUUUGAACAUUUCAUUCUGUGAAUUUUUAUCCUGAGCAAACAUUUUUUUUUUCAAUUUUAAACCAAUUAUCUCGCCUUUUACGAGAUGUUUUUUAAAUUGGGAUAUUUUUUUCUUGAAAUUAAUUUGAUGCUUCUUCAAUUUGCAAGUUGAUCAAAUGAUCAACGAGAAAAUGUUGCUCAUUUUUUGGUGUACCUACAUACUGUCCACCAUAUUGUAGUCAAAAAUGGAUUUUAUAGCCUUUGCUUUUUGAACACAUAUUUGUAAUAUUUUGUAUCUACCUUUAAUUUUAUUAAUACAUUCUUGGAGCAUUUUUUUUCUUGUCAGUGGUAGCUAAUUGUAUUCAAAUUAACGUUUAUUGUAAUAGUCCGGCAUAUGACAAUAGGAGUAAUUGCACCCCCCCCCCGCCGAUCCUCCGGGACAACUUUUUUCUUAAAGGGGACAUCCUAAGGAACAUUUUAGAGCAAACUUGCCAAAAAAAAGUUGGCCUUACUUACAAAAUGGCGGCCAUUUUGAUUGACAGGUCAGCCGAAAUCGCAGAUUUUGCGUUUUAACAUAGGACUUGCACGAACUUUUUCAAACUUUACAAAGGUAGAUCGAAAGAUCAUGCAAAAAUUUAUCACCUGUCAAAAUUUCAAGUGCUAUAGUGAGUUUCUCGAUUUUUGGUGAAUUUUUGAAAAUCGAAUUUAGGCCAAAAAUGAGGGAAAAAAUCAAAAUGUUACCAAAUUGACCAAGAAAGCUGAAAUUUGGGAUAUACCUUAUUUUCGACAUGCCAAAUCGAUUGAAAACGGUUUCUACCCGUUUUGAGCAGUUCUGGAGCCUCCAGCAGAUUUUUGAAACUCGAAAUUCCCACAAAAUUCCAUCAAAUUGGAGUUGUAAAGCUAAAAUUUAUUCUAAAAACUAACUACUGGAGGCUCCAGUAAUUUUCAAAAAAGUCGUUGGAGGCCCUAAAAUGACUUGAAAUCCACCAGAAGUCGUUUUCAGAGGGUGUUAAAAUUGGAGUGUAGAGAAAAUUUCAGCUUUCCAUCUCCAUUUGAUGAAAUUUUGUGAAAAAUUAAAGUUUCAAAAAUCUGCUGGAGGCUGCAGGAAUUUUCAAAAAGUCGCUGGAGGAUCCAAAACGACUUGAAAUUCGCCUGCAGUACUUCGUAGCGUAUUGAAAUUAGUUUUUAGAAUAAAUUUUAGCUUUACAACUCCAAUUUGAUGGAAUUUUGUGGGAAUUUCGAGUUUCAAAAAUCUGCUGGAGGCUCCAGAACUGCUCAAAACGGGUAGAAACCGUUUCCAAUCGAUUUGGCAUGUCGAAAAUAGGGUAUAUCCCAAAUUUCAGCUUUCUUGGUCAAUUUGGUAAAAUUUUGAUUUUUUCCCUCAUUUUUGGCCUAAAUUCGAUUUUCAAAAAUUCACCAAAAAUCGAGAAACCCACUAUAGCACUUGAAAUUUUGACAGGUGAUAAAUUUUUGCAUGAUCUUUCGAUCUACCUUUGUAAAGUUUGAAAAAGUUCGUGCAAGUCCUAUGUUAAAACGCAAAAUCUGCGAUUUCGGCUGACCUGUCAAUCUAAAUGGCCCCCAUUUUUUAAAGGGCCACUUUUUUUUUGAGGACAAGGGCUAGAAAUGUUCCUUAGGAUGUCCCCUUUAAGAAAAAUGUUGUCCCGGAGGAUCGGCGGGGGGGUGCAAUUACUCCUAUUGUCAUAUGCCGGACUAUAAGUUUUAUUUAUGAACAUUACGACUAGUUUUAAUGGUUUUUAU